CAAAACUACUCUUUUUCUCAAUUGGAGUUUGUCUCCACGAAGAAAAAGAACAAACUCCUUCCAAACAGAGCCAACUCAUGAACCCUCUAAACUGAUCAUCAUCAUCCAAAUCCCAAUCGAUCAAUCCGCGACGAGGGUUUUCUAAUCCACCUGGUUUUGUUGGUUCAAUUUAGGUGAAUUUGAGACAUGGAUGGUAACAAAGACGAGGCUUUGAAAUGCUUGAAGAUCGCCCAAAACGCAAUUGAAUCAGGUGAUCGAACCCGAGCUUUGAAAUUCGUCAACAAAGCUCGUCGGCUCGAUCCAUCUCUAUCAGUUGAUGAACUGUUAUCUAAAGUCGAAGCUCAAUCACAGUCCAAUGCACCCACCAAAGAAAUUCCAUCGAAAACUUCUGAUGAUGGGCCUCGCCGUAGGGUUUCAACAACUGGGUCUUCGGCAUCGGCUUCAUCGACCGAUUCGGUGUCUUAUACCGAAGAGCAGAUCUCAAUUGUGAGAGAGAUUAAGAGGAAAAAAGAUUAUUACGAGAUAUUAGGGUUAGAGAGGAGUUGUACUGUUGAGGACAUUCGAAAAGCGUAUAGAAAAUUGUCAUUGAAAGUUCAUCCUGAUAAGAAUCAAGCACCUGGUGCCGAAGAGGCGUUUAAGGCGGUUUCCAAGGCGUUUCAGUGUUUGAGUGAUGAAGAGAGUAGGAAAAAAUAUGAUGUUGUUGGGCAUGAUGAGCCUGUUUACGAAAGGCGCCCCACUAGGCGUGGAGGGAGAGAAUUUAAUGGGUUUUAUGAAGCUCAUUUUGAUGCUGAUGAGAUUUUCAGGAAUUUCUUCUUUGGAGGAAUGCACCCAGCAGCAACAACUCAAUUUCAGGGGUUUAGUUUUGGACCUGGAAUGGGUGCUAGAACUGGUGAUCAGGGUGCCAAUGGGUUCAAUCUUCGUGCUUUAAUUCAAUUGUUGCCUGUGAUUUUGAUACUGUUGUUGAACUUUUUGCCAUCCUCAGAGCCAAUUUACAGUUUUUCAAGAAUAUAUCCGUAUGAGCAUUGGUUUACUACACAAAAGGGUGUUGAAUUCUAUGUGAGUUCGGGGAAGUUUGAGCAGGAGUAUCCUCCUAAUAGUCCUGAACGCAUGGCAAUUGAGCAGAGGGUUGAGAAGGACUACUACUCAGCUCUUGUGCAGAAUUGCGGGCUCGAGUUGCAGCGUCGUCAAUGGGGUUGGAUACGGGAAACACCCAAUUGUGAUGCGUUGAAAAAAUUUGAGAUGGUGGCCUGAUCACCGAAUGCAAAUUACGAUUUGUCUUCCUAAUCUUUUCCUUUUGUACUUCAAUACUUCCAUGUGAAAGUUUUUGGUAUCCCAUAAGAAUACUUGUCCAUUACUGUGCAAGUUUAUGUAGUUUUAUAUUGAUAUUGGUUACAAGUUGCUAACUCAUGUUAUGCAUCUCAUCCUAUUUUACCAUGG